UGGUUUAUGCCAAACCUGUUUUUGUUAUUUCUAGGUAUAAUGGAUCCCUCCCUAAUGGUGACAGAGGACGCAGGAAAAGCAGAUUUGCCCUUUAUAAGCGACCUAAGGCAAAUGGAGUUAAGCCCAGCACCGUUCACGUGAUUUCUACUCCCCAGGCAUCGAAGGCGAUCAGCUGUAAAGGUCAGCACAGUAUCUCUUACACACUAUCCAGAAACCAGACUGUAGUAGUGGAGUAUACUCAUGAUAAAGAUACAGACAUGUUUCAGGUUGGGAGGUCAACAGAAAGCCCCAUAGACUUUGUAGUAACAGAUACUAUUUCUGGAAGUCAAAAUAAUGAUGAAACCCAGAUUACACAGAGCACCAUAUCGCGUUUUGCAUGCAGGAUUGUUUGUGACAGGAGCCCACCGUAUACAGCAAGGAUUUUUGCAGCUGGAUUUGACUCAUCUAAAAAUAUAUUUCUUGGUGAAAAAGCAGCAAAGUGGAAAAAUCCUGAUGGCCACAUGGAUGGAUUGACAACUAAUGGAGUGCUGGUCAUGCAUCCAAAAGGAGGGUUCACUGAGGAGUCCAAACCUGGAGUGUGGCGGGAAAUCUCUGUCUGUGGUGAUGUGUACACUCUUCGGGAAACCAGAUCUGCUCAACAAAGGGGGAAACUGGUAGAAAAUGAGACCAACGUCCUGCAAGAUGGCUCUCUCAUUGACCUGUGUGGAGCCACCCUUCUGUGGAGAACAGCAGAUGGACUGUUUCACACUCCAACUCAGAAACACAUUGAAGCUCUGCGACAAGAGAUAAAUGCUGCCAGACCACAGUGUCCGGUUGGGUUAAACACUUUAGCGUUUCCCAGCAUCAACCGCAAAGAUGUGGUAGAAGAGAAGCAGCCUUGGGCGUACCUCAGCUGUGGUCAUGUUCAUGGCUAUCACAACUGGGGACAUCGCAGUGACACAGAAGCCAAUGAGCGGGAAUGUCCUAUGUGCAGAACCGUUGGCCCCUACGUGCCUCUUUGGCUUGGUUGCGAAGCAGGCUUCUAUGUGGAUGCUGGUCCUCCAACUCAUGCUUUCACCCCUUGUGGACACGUGUGCUCUGAGAAGUCUGCAAAAUACUGGUCUCAAAUCCCACUGCCUCACGGUACUCAUGCAUUUCAUGCCGCCUGCCCUUUCUGUGCAACACAACUGUCUGGGGAACACAACUGCAUCAAGCUGAUUUUUCAGGGUCCGAUUGACUGAUAUCACUUUGCAAUGACCACAAUAACAUUUUUCUUUAACAAUUUACUGUGAAGAUUUUGCCACUAAUUCUAGAUUUUACCUUUUUUUAUAAUGUUAUUGAUAGGGUGGUAGGGUGGGGAUGGGGGAACUGACAAGGAAAUUGUGAGGGACUGUGGUGGAAUUGGGAUACAUUGAUACCUGGAACUUGACAGAUAUCAGUGGUGUUGCAUGCUCAAAAGCAGCAUAUUCAUGAAGUCUUCUUGGUCAAAUGUAGUAUAUUUGUAAUCUUUUUAUUAGUACCCUGGAUCAGAAAAAGGUGUCUUAAUGAUUUUUUUAAGCUAAGAUUUUUUUAAUGGAAAGGUUUUUUCUUCUAAACUUUGACAAGCCUUUAAAACCUAUUUUUCAAAUCUAGAAGGAACGUACAGAAUGUAACUGUCUUUAAUUUGAAAUAUGAUUCAACUUGAAUAGUUUCUGAAGGAGCUAAUACAGAAUGUGUGGACAACCAUAGGUGAAUGUUCACUAGAGAUAAUUGGAUAUGUAAGAGAAAAAUUAGCUGCCUAAAUUGUAGAGUAUAAAAGCUAUUAAAAUAUCUAUUAUGGUAUAAUGCAGCUGGCCAAAAAGGCAUCAAGGAUUACUUGAAACUGAGGAAAUCCUGUUUGCAUUGAUUUCCUUUCAGUGAAAUAGAUAUCCACUGUUCAUUAUGUAUGGUAUAUGGCUGAUUUUUUUUUUCUUUCUUUUUUUUCCACCCCUGUUCAACCUGCAUCUGGUGAAACUGCUUUACUUUUUUACAUACUUAAUUCGGGGUUUUUUAAGCCAAUGU